AUGCAGCGGAGCGACGAUGACUUCAAGGAAGUGCCACCGUUUUGGCUUUUGACGAAGCCUCCGCCAUCAGAAGAUGGCAAGUCGCAGGCUUCAGCAGAUGCCCCCAGUGCUGCACAGCUUUACCAGCAAAGGGAGCUUGCGAAGCUGGAUGUCUUGCUGGAGACAGACACGUGCAUCCUUCCGCUGGCUCCCAAGGCCGAUCUCGGGUCCGCCAUUUAUGAUCGCCACCGUGUGCUGCAGGUGAGCCUGGGCAGGGAGCACGGCAUUCUGCUCUCAGAUGCCGGUAUCGCCUUCACUUGGGGCGACAACCGGUUUGGCCAGCUGGGCCGGGAGCCCGUGGCCAAGGAAGAGAAUGGCAGGCCAUUCCCGGUGAAGGGCCUGGUUGGUCACGAAGUCACCCAGGUCUCUGCCGGAAUGCGCCACUGCUUGGCGCUGGUGGCGCCUGGAUUAGUCUGGUCAUGGGGCCGCAACAAAGCUGGGCAGUUAGGCGUUGGCGAUUACAGGGACCGCACCCAGCCAGUCAAGGUGUGUCACCCGCCUGUCAUGGACGGAGAGGAAUCGGGGCUGCAGCUUGGCAACAACAAAGGUGGCCAGAUCAUCUCUGUUUCAGCUGGUGCAGACAGUUCAGUGGCAGCUGCCUUGAGCUCCCACGUCUGGCAGUGGGGUGAGAUCUGCGACGGCUUUCAGGAUCAUUUGGUCAACAGCGACAAGUCCAAGAAGAGCAGCAUCGCCGUUGUCAAGAAUAGGCCCUUCUGUGUCUUCAAUGCCCUUGAAUUCCGCUCGCAGAUGCGGCCAGGACGCGUUUCCAUCUCAUCGACUGGGUGCAAAGUCUUGAACCAGGACACGUACACCGACAAAGUCCGAGUCGAAACAUUGAUCCAGGGUCUGACGUCCAUGCAAGAGAGCAUCAACCAGGUGAGGCUAGAUAUUGCUGCUCUUGAUGUGCAGCACGACAAGCAGAAGGACGGGGAGGCGAAAGCUGGGGGCGCGAUGGACAAUGAACUCGACACUCUACAGGAUACGAUUGGAGAGCUGGAGCACGAUAUCAUGGUGCACGAGCGGGAAAUCAACGGGCUGACCAAGAGCCUCGAAAGUUGCGAUCUUCGACAGGCCCACAAUCGCAAGCAGCUGCAGCAGCUGCAGCAGCAAGGCACGUCUUUGCACGACCGGCAGGACCAGGUUUCACUUCAGAUCUCGAUGGCCCCGAAAGCCGGCGCAGAGAGGAGGAAGCUGGAAGAGCAGCUGGCCGAGGUUGAGGAGUUUGUGCAGGCGAACAAGAACACGCGAAUGACGCUUCUGGAUCAGAGAGCCGAGACAGACAAGGAGAAGCAGAGCAUUGCCGCCCAGCUGACCGACUUGCGCAGGCAAAGAGACCGUGCGCAGCGGCGCCUGGACAUUGUCAGAGAUCUGAGCAAGUCGACACAGGCAACAAGCUCGGGUGCGUCGGAUCUGCUGAUCAAGGUCUUGCACCAGCAAUGCACAGAGGUGGAAGAGUACUUUGAGAACCGCAGGGACACCUCAACGGACGACAACGACUUCUUGGCAGCCAUGAAGAUCCUGGAGAUGGACAAAGCUUUCCUGGACAGGGUGGAGAACAAGAUGAAGGAGAAGAUCAAGGCCAUGCGAUUCCUUGGGUGA